CCUACGCAAACCCCCCUCGCCCCACCCCCCUCCAACAUAGCGGGACAAGCGUCCUUAUGUCAACCCGCCAGAAGUCCUUCUUUGACCAGGACCAGAAACCUAAAAACAGACCACGACCCCAAUGGAGCCGAACCCGCAGUGCGAAUGAUGCUUCUCGAGCAAACACUCACAAACCAGACGCCAUGACAGGCCCUCCAAUCGAUGCCUCCACCCAGUCCAGGACGAAGCUCAAGAAAUACCAGUUCAUCGAAGGAGCGCCUGUCGUACCGCCCAUGGAGAUCGAGAACGGCGAUGAAGACAAGGAGAAUCAGAGGGAUGAUGCUGGGGCGGAAGAGAUCGACGCCGUGACCAAGUCACAAGGGGAUGCAGUGGAGAAGACAACAGAGACACCAAGGCUGCCCCAUUCCAGGACCUGUCCUCCGUCGACACCAGCAACACGGCUUCCACUGGCAGAUUUAGUCGGAAACUCGGAUGAUAUCUCAAAACAUGCUACCGCUCGAAACAACUCCCCAGACGAACAGCUGUACUGGCGAAACCUUCAGUCACCCAGCAGCUCGAGCACCGUCACACCCGCACCUCACAAGAGGGGAAGUAAGAAGCGCGCACGUAGUUCUUCGCCACCGCUGUCACAGACCGAGCCAUUGGCUUUCUUCCCUGCCAAUGACCCUUUAGACAUGCAAGGCAUGGAGCAGUUAUUGAAAACUCCCCAAGCAGAUCCAGCUGCCGACCUGUGGAGUCGCUACACCGUAAACACUGGCAACAACAAGGGCACUCCAACAGCAAACAAGGGCAUCGCAUUCGCAAACCUCAUCAACGAAUCCUCGCCUCACUCUUCAGCGACCGCAGGAAGUGUGAGCGGCCUCCGGAGGUGGGCGAGCUGUGGCGUGGAAUGGCCCACAUCGGCAACUAAGAGGAGGAGGAUCAAGGGCGCUUUCAAAGAAGACAAGACCGGUGCAGAAGAUGUAUCUGAAAUGCGAAGUACAGACGGUCCCUUACAUGGAAAGUCAAAGUUGUCCAAAGUGGGCCUGCUGGUCGAACGAAUUCAGAAGACCAUGGCCAAGUCCCCUCGCCAUAACACGUCAAGCAUGCCCUCGAGCUCGUCUCCAUUACCAGAUUCUGGAGACUUCCAGGCAUAUCCGUCAGCUUCUCCAUUGCAGCGGAUGGCCGUAGGACGUCGAGAAAUGGUCGAGGUCGCAUCGAAGCCGGCAGACAGCCCUGGACGUGCUCAAUCACCUCGAGAGCCUCAUGAGGAUACCGCUUUUGAGCAGCCGAAGCCCCCCAGCUCCUCGGAGUAUGGCGAUGAGGAAAUCGACCUCGACAUGGUUGAAGCCAUCGAGAUGGCAAGUUUUGUAGGCCAAUCAAACCAACAAAUGGCACCUAAUGUAACCACAUCAUUUGAGGUCGCUCAGCAGCUUCACUCUCCACACCUUCCCGCUGUCUCUGAACCCACGAAAGAGGAGGUCUUUGAUAGUGAUGACGAAUUUGGACUAGAAGAUGAUGAUGUGUUUGCCGCCGAUAUUGAAAACGUUGUAUCUCUUUACGACAAGAGACCCGACUUGACGCCUACCAUGCCUCAAGCGACAGAGGAAAACGUGCUAGACGAUCACGCUGCUCCCCCGGGGAAGCCACCGGCCAUCACUAUCAACAAUGCCUCCGAUGAUGAGUUUGGAGGAGAUGAUUUCGACGAAGAGCAACUCGCAGCGGCAGAGGCAAUGGCUACUCAAGCGUUGACAGGCAAUCUAGCGAGUCAGAAUCCUAGUCAAAGAAACAAGCCAACAAUUCAACGCUACUUGGUUAUCAAAGUCGAUGAGAGCCAGUACAAUAGCCCAAAGGGAUUAUUGCUUCCUGAAAGGAUCUUGACCGUCGAAGAAGAGAAAACCAAACUAAAGAGCAAGGUCGUUCUUCGACAGUCAUGGCUCGGUACUCCCUGUACGACAGAGACUUUUGUCCAUAUUAUUGGUGACUUCUCUCUCGACGGGCAGUGUGUUGUCGACGAUGACAACAACAUGCUCAUUCUUCAUCCUGAUCAUCUCAUUUCAGCCACGAGUGUCGGCGACUCCUUCCACUGCACGCGGAAGGCCAUAUUACAAGAGCGGGUAAAGGCCACGACUAGAGCAAAUGCUCCUUUGCUUUACGGUACCAUCCUUCACGAGCUUUUCCAGGAAGCCUUCAAGGCAAACCGAUGGGAUACAGUAUGGCUUUUUGAAUGCAUCCGCAAGAUCUUACCAAGGCAGUUUGAGUCAAUUUUAGACAUCGGCGAAUCAGUUGAGUCCGUUACGGCUCAUAUAAGGAGCAAGUUGCCAGAAGUACAAUCGUGGGCCGAAAUAUUUGUUCGAGGUCAGCCAAGAUCCGAUGGCGUCAUCAAAGAUGGUAAUGGUUCAGAGGCCAUUAUGAGCAUAAACAAGCUGCUUGAUGUUGAGGAAAAAGGCGUGUCGCCUCAGUACGGCCUGAAAGGUAACAUUGACGCUACUGUCCAAGUCGUUGUGAAGGACCGGUCUGGAGAGCGAGUCCUAACUGUUCCACUGGAACUCAAGAGUGGGAAGACUACUACUAGUAUAUCGCAUCAGGUUCAGACUACGCUGUACACCUUGCUCCUCUCUGAUCGAUAUGAUAUUGAUAUUGCAACCGGGAUUCUCUAUUACCUUGAGUCAUCUGUGGUGAAACGUAUUUCAGCAGUACGAAGAGAUAUCAUUCACAUGGUGAUGAAACGCAACGAGCUUGCCUGCUAUGCUCGCGAUCGAUAUCGGCUACCACCAAUGCUCAAAAAGGACUACGCCUGUCGAAAUUGCUACGCUCAGGAAAAAUGUUUCGUCUACCACAAACUUGUCGAAGACGGGAAUGGGGAGUCACUAGAUCAGGUAGCAAAGGAGAAAUUUGACCAGCUGGUUCAUGACCUCACUCCUGCCG